AUGCGUGGUAAAGAAUGUUCAAUAUUUAACAGCCCUUUCUUGCAGGUUAAGGUGUUCUGUAAUGAAGAAAAGGUAGCAACUUUCAAGGUGGAUAAUGCGUUGAUCUCAAAGGAAAAUCCUGGGCCUCAGGUUUUUAAUUCCACUAAAGACUCUCCAUGGAAUGAUAAAGCAAAAGAAUCAUCAGGACAGCAGGGUACAUCCAAUAAUAUGAAUGAGAGUGGAACAUCAGAUCAAACAAGCAAUGCCGAAGUUGUCCAGAAUCGUUCUGUGGGAUCCAACUUGAACACUAAUGGGGUAAUUUACAAUGACAAUCCCAUUCCAGCAGGAUGCUUUCAUAUUAUAGUAAAAGAAGAUGACGAUGGAGAAGUUGCAGACAGUGAAGAGGGAGAAGUAGCAGACAAUGUUGGACAGAACCCUAAUAUUGCAGCUAUCAUGCCAAAGAUCCAUAGUGCUGACUGUUAUACCAAACCGCCAAUCAACGAAUUAGCAGCAAGGGAAAGGGCUGAACCAGGAUUCUGUGCCUGUGUCAAGGACUUUGUUUUUGGAAGACAGGGCUACGGCAGCAUCAAGUUUUUGGGGGAAACAGAUGUGAGGGAACUUGACCUGGAGUCUCUUAUUCAGUUUAACCAUGGAGAGGUGAUUGUGUACAUGGAUGAGAGCAGGAAACCACCAAUUGGUCAAGGCCUUAAUAGACCAGCUGAGAUAACUCUCUUCAACGUCAGAUGCAUUGACAAGAACAGCAGGAAAGCAUACAUAGAUGGACCGAAGGUUGAGAAAUACAAGGAGAUACUCAGACAGAAGGCAGCCGAGCUAGGUGCUGAGAUGGUUUCUUACGAUCCACAGCAAGGAGAGUGGAAAUUCAAGUUCCAACAUUUCUAGGGAACUACGACUCC